AUUGAAUAGCAACCACAGAACGAACGACGGAGCUUGUGUGGAAGAAACCAGGAAGUCAAAUAAUUCGAACGGAAAAUUUGCAACAGAAAAUGAGCAGCAAAGGCAAAAAGGACCCGGACUACCAUGUGGGCAGUCUCGUGUUCGCCAAACUGAAAGGAUUCGCGCCGUGGCCCGCGAAAAUCGUGAAAGCCGAAAAGAAAAAGUACUACGUCUACUUUUACGGCACGGGCGAAAAGAGUCCCGCCAUGAAGAGCGAAGACCUCUUCGACUACGCCAAACACAAGGAGAAAUAUGUCGUGGACAAAAACCUCAAGCGCAAAGGUUAUCCGGAAGCCGUCGAGCAAAUCGAGGCAGCGCUGCGUGGCGAAGAAGAUGUAGCGUCAAUUUACAAUACGAGUGCCAGUCUCGAGCCAUUUAGCGAAUCAAAUGCCGCCGAGACGACAGACAUGCUCGACGAAUCGGAAAUUGUUGAACCUGCAGCAGCAGCAGCGACAAAUACGACGACGACGACAGACCCGGAGCCCGAAGCAACAGACAAAAAUGAGACGACGCCGCCCGAAAUUGCGGAAAAUGUGCCCGAAACAGUCGUUCCCGCACCGGAAAGCGACAAAAAGAAGAAACCCGUGACAAAAGCAGCAAAGCCCGAGACAAAAAUCGACGCGAAACCCGAAGUCGAAGCAACUCCCGAACCGGAAAUCGUGAGUCGCAGCGGGCGAAAAAUCAAAACAAAGCGCUACUUGAUCGACGAAUUGGAAGAAACUGUCACGCCGACGAUCAAAAAACGCGCCGUCGACUCGAUCGACAGUCGAAAAGACUCGAGUAGCGACGCAACGCCGCCGCCCGCAAAGAAACAAGCAAAACCGGUUCCAGUUCCCGUGCAAAUGCCAAAAGAGAAGCCGAAUCCCGUGAAAGAUGCCCUGCUGCAAAUCGAAAGUCACAUGGUCGAGUUGGAUCAUCUCAUCAAAAUGUCGCUGGGACUGAAAAAUGCGAAUGCCGACAAGUGUUUGGCGCAUCUCGAGGAAUACGCGAAAAUCCAAAUUACGCCGUUGAUGCUGAAAAAGAGACCCAGUUGCGUGCACACGAUGAAACGCCUGCGAAAAUACGUCGGAAAUGUCAACAAUUGGAACAUGGAUCCCGAGAAGCGGAACGAGUUUCACGAAAAGACCCUCAAAAUCCAGUCGAAAGCCAACGAGAUUUACAGUAAUUUCAAACUUUUGUUUCCCACGGCAGACACGACGAAGCCAUUUUUCGAGCAUUUCAGUGAAAAAGUCGCAGAAUUCCAGGAGAAGACGAAAGGCAUGAAGCCCGAGGAGAUAAGUGACAUGUAUGAGGAGCCCGUAACGCCCCCAACGUCGCCAACUACAGUGCAUGAGAAUAACGGAUCGACGCCAGCGGAGUAGAAAAAUCACAGAAGCAAAACAUUUUUGACCACCAAAAUUCUUGUUUGACGACAUUUUUUUCAUUUUUUCACCUUCAUUCUUCACACGAGGACCUUAGCGAUCUUUUUUUGUCAUUAAAUUUAUAUAUUAGUAAUGAUCUUGUAUUAAAGAGGGUUAUAAUUGAUAUACAAUAAAAUUGAAAUUAUAACGAAAAAUUUGGCUAACUUUAGGUUUUUUUUAAUUUUUCACGCCGC